CAAACAGUAUGUAUAUACACACACAGUGAGAUGGAAGAAAGGGAUGAAAAACCAAUAACCCGUGAAGGUAUUGGCAAAAAGAGAAACAGAAACUGGGCAUCCUUCAGUGGAGGAAAGCCCGAAAAAGGUGGUGUGGCUACUGCUAACCCUCAAUCGAGCUCCAUUGACGACUUACACCACACUGCAUCGCACCUUCCAUCCUUAGGUGAAGAGUCCGGUAUUCUUUAACUUCCAUUCCGAAAGUACAGUACUACAUUUUAAAUACAGACUCCUGCCAUUACAUUCCAAGUUUCUUCCUUCCAUCUGUUCAGGCCGUGGGUUUCUGUCUUGUUUGGCUGUUGUUGCGACUCGUACAGAUAAAGACGCGACAUCUCGAUCCCUGCCAUUUCUCUCUGGGCUUCA